GUUACAUAACUUCUCCAAACUGCUUUUGGUUGUGUAGUUUACGCAAAUUAAUGUUGAUGUUGUAUCAUUCUUUUUUUAUUAGGGCAAAAGUUAAUGUUAAAAUGAGUCGUUUUGGUAUAAGUUAAAAAAAUUAACCGGUGUUUUAUGUCGCUAUCCGUGGUGCUGAAGCUUAACAGGGGACUUCACCUGAGGAAAGUGACGACACUUUCCUCAGGUUCGGUAACCAUAGAAACGGCGUGUGACCUCGCGACUGGAUUGGAUCAGGUCUGUCUUAAAUGGACCAUUUAAACCCUGUUUCUACCCACUCCACCCUUUGAUUAUGUCUUACAAAAUAUCUUUUGGUGCAUCACCUAAAUCCAAUAAAGAGAAAAUGUCACUAUUUUAUGCUCAUUGACCUGUUUAUAACUAAUUGCAUAAAUGCCUUGGGGCCAACUUUGUGGUCACUAAUACACAAGAUAUAUUUAUUUUACUUAAGACUCAGACAGGUGAGGGAGAUGCAAUAUGGGAAGGAAUGGGCCAAGGUGUAACUCCAGAAAGUCAAAACAUCAGUCAUGUCACAGAACCACCUGCAGUCACUCCUCCACUUGGAGCUGAGCUCAUGCUGGAGUGUCUGUGAAGGAAGACCCCUCCAACCUUCAUGGCUCACUCAUCAGAUCUGCCCCGCAGGGAGAAGACCCCCGGGACCCAUGGCUUGCACACAGCUACACGCAACCUAUUACGAAAAAAAGAGCAGCGCCGACAUGGAAUUCGAUCCUCCUCUCCUAUGGGUCGAGUCAUUCUCAUCAACUCACCAGUGGAAGGGGGUGAUGAGAGUGAAGAUCUUCAUACAGUUACUGUGGAUAAGAGUGUGGAUGGCAAGCUGGGGUUCAGUGUUCGUGGAGGCUCAGAACAUGGCCUCAGCAUCUUUGUCAGUAAGGUGGAGGACAACAGUACAGCCCAGGAAGCUGGCCUGCAGGUCGGGGAUAAAUUGGUGGAGGUGAAUUGCAUCAGUCUGGAGAGCAUCACCAUGAGCAGCGCCGUGAAGGUUCUGACUGGCAACAACAGGCUGAGGAUGGUGGUUCGGCGGGUUGGUAAAGUCCCAGGUAUCCGUUAUUCCAAGGAGAAGACGACCUGGGUGGACCUUGUACGUCGGCGUAUGGUGGUGGAGGAGAGUGGACAAACUCCUUCGGAGGUCAGCUCAGGCACCACCCCCCGAAGGAUUGUCCACCUUUACACAACCUCUGAUGACUACUGUCUGGGCUUUAACAUUCGAGGAGGAAAAGAGUUUGGCCUAGGCAUCUAUGUCUCCAAGUUGGAUUCGGGGGGCUUGGCUGAACAAAAUGGUAUAAAGAUCGGUGACCAGAUUCUUGCUGCUAAUGGCAUAAGCUUUGAGGACAUCAGCCAUAGCAGCGCGGUGGAAGUGCUGAAAAGCCACACACAUAUCAUGCUGACCAUCAAGGAAGCAGGGCGAUACCCUGCCUACAAGGAGAUGAUAGCAGAGUACAGCUGGUUGAAUAAACUGGCUAAUGGUACAAAGAAACCUUCCUCCCAGGGUUCAGACUCAAACUCCUCCACCUCAUCGUUGUCAUCUGGGACUCCAGUCAGCUCCCUGAGCGGCCUUUCUCAGGUCAUGUUUCCACCCAGUCUGCCGUUUCCUUCAGACAUGGUGGAUGUCUGCAUCUCCACCGAGGACCAAAGAUCUGAAUCAGAGCGAACCGAAACCGCCAUCCAGACUGACUUUCCCUCUCAGAGGGCAGCAGCUGACACGACUCGCAGCCUUGGACCAAUCACUCUGCUCAAAGACACGGCGAUUCGAGGGCAGGUGAGCACUCCAAGGAAAGAGUCACCCAAAACAGCAGUUCUCCUGGCACUCAGCAGACCCAGCAGACCCAUCACCAGGUCUCAAAGCCAAGUCACAGUAGCAGAGAUUAAACAGAAGAAGGAGAAGAAGCAGAAAGGGAAAGAUCUGGGAAAGAGGAGUACCCUGCAGCGCUCAAAGACACUUGUCAACCUGCUGUUCAAAGGAGGACGGAGGAGAGACACCUCCAAGGGGCGCUCCAAGUCUCCAUCCACUGACAAGACCGGCAAAGAUGGGCAGAUGCCAAAUGCAGAGAUGCUUGGAGUGGUGGAGGACAUGGCCUGUAGGCUGCUGACUGAGGAGGAGAUGCCUGCUGUGAUGAAAGCAUGUCAAAGGUAUGUAUCAGAACGGUCUGUGGAGGACCUGGUACACCACCUGCUGGUCGUGCUGGACCGACCUGAAAAGCUGCUGCUGCUGAGAGAAAUCCGACUACUGCUUGCACCACUUGAUCUAAGUGUGUUCAACAGUAUAGUGACCUCAGUUGAAGUAGAAGCUUACAAUAUCCUCAAGCAUCGCUCAGUUCGCACUCCUCCUCUUCGCUCUCCAGCUUCUGGUCGAGCACCAAAACGUCGCCUCAUCACUCCCAUACCAGAUUACAGGGGAGGCUUUGAGCUCCACAGUGCUGAGGAGGUGGAGGAGGAGAGCCACCUGCUGGAAGAGCUAGAGAAGCUCAGCCUCGGUGGGCUGCCAGCAGCCAGAGAUAAGCCACAGGUUCCAAGAUCCUUCUCCCCUCUGCUGGAUAUACCAGUGGAUGAAUACAGCACAUCCAAAGAUCUUAGCCCCUCCUCUGCCAGCUUAGUUCCUCCUAACUGGUUGCUGACCCACCACCAUCCUCUCCGGACAGACUUUGGCACCAUCCGCUCAGUUCACUUUGACGAGGUUUCUUUGCACUCCCCUUCAGACAAGAUGGGAAAAAACUCAGAGAGAGGGCGGUCUGCUCUCAGGAAAACGCACUCUAAAGGCAAAAAGGAGAAAAGUGGAAACAUGAGUAAAAACGCCAUGUUUACGGUGCAGAGUGCCGCUGGCAGGACUCGGCCUUUGCUGUCACAGGUGUUCAGUGCAGGAUGCAGUGAGCAAGAAGGGAAUGAACAAACGAAGGCUUCCGCCGAGAUCAGACCCAAUGGUUCUCCCCACGAAGAGCAGCAGUAUCACCUAAAAACCGUCAGCAUCUCUAAGACCAAACAGUCUCUGGGCAUCAGCAUAUCUGGUGGGAUGGAGUCAAAGGUACAACCCGAGGUGAAGAUUGAGAAGAUUUUUCCUGGAGGAGCUGCCUCCAGCUGUGACGUGCUGAAGGCUGGAUUUGAGUUGGUCUCGGUCGACGGUGUUUCCCUGCGAGGAGUGACUCACCAGCACGCUGUCGAUGCUAUCCGGAAAGCCUUCAGCAAUAAGGCCAAAGACCCCAUGGUGUUUGUAGUCAAGGUUCCUAAAAAAACUUGAAAAGCAGACAAGAACUCUCUUUUAUGAAUUCAAAAAAACACCCAGUAAUCAGCCUGCAGGGAUUUAGCAUAAAAUACUGUUGCUAUUGUUAUUAAGUUGAAGAUACAAUUCAAAAUAAAAGAAGACAACUUGAUGGCCUGGAAAAAAUAAGAGUUUAUGCUCCUGGAAAGGGACACACAUAAUUUAAAUAAGGACUGUUUUAACUAAAAAUUCAACAAAUUUAACAGACCUUUACAUGAUGUUGAUGUUGAAAAUGUGUAAAAGCAACAGGGAUAAAUGUUUCUAAAUUGUUAUUUUCCACCCCAGCAGCCUGUGUGCAUGGCAACACCACUUUAAUGUAUGCAAUCCAUGGCAACAUAAGAUCAAGAUAUUGUCUUAAUAAUGUACAGGAUAAAAAGGUGAAUUGUAUAACAAAGUGUCCUUUGUUGUAAGAACUUAAAAAAAAUGUACUUUUUAAACAACAGUGUCCAGAAAUAAACAUCUUUGCCAUACA